AUGUCUUUGGUCUCCUGUGUGCUCUGGAAACAUCCCACAUGCUCAGCCUUUCCUUCCUCCUUCUCCCCUCCCACGUCCUCAGUGCUGCCCUCACCUCCUUCUCCUGAAAUAGACCAGGUCACUGUGAAGACUGAACCCUGUGUGCCAGAGCAUCUCCUGGACUGCUCCACUGUCGUGUUUCUGGGCCUCUUGGUCUGGGCCAGCGGCUCCAUUCGAGUCCCAAGUCAGUCCAUUCAUGGAAACUCAUUUCAUGCUCAUUUUCCCCUGACAGUGGCCAUGGCUGAGCACUUUAAGGAAGUGAGUAGAUGUCCCAUCUGCCUGGAGCAUCUUGAAAAACCAGUGUACCUGAAGUGUGGGUACGUCUGCUGCCUGCACUGCACCACGUCACUGCAGAAGGAGCCCCGCGGGGAGGGCUUGCUGUGCCCCUCCUGCCCCGUGGUCUCUCAGAAGAACGACGUCAGGCCCAAUCGGCAGCUGGGGGGGCUGGUUUCCAGGGUCAGGGACCUGGAGCCCCACCUGAGAGCCGCUCUCCAGAUGAACCCGAGGACGCUGAAGUUCCAGGUGGAUAUGACCUUGGAUGUGGACACAGCCAACAACUACCUCAUCAUCUCUGACGACCGGAGGAGAAUGAAAUGUGGAUUCUUCAAACAGAAUCGGGAACAGCGCGCUGAGAGAUUCCACCCCAUCUGUGUCCUGGGCACCCCUCGGUUCACCUGUGGCCGCCACUACUGGGAGGUGGAGGUGGGAACAAGCAAAGAGUGGGACCUGGGCGUCUGCAAAGACUCUGUUCCUCGACAGGAGGAGAUCGUACUGACUUCAGAGCGUGGCUUCUGGACUGUGGGGUUAACAAACGGAGACUUCUACUCAGCCAGCACUGUACCCCUGACUCCUCUGCAGGUGAACCCUCGAUUAGACCGAGUGGGGAUUUUCCUGGACAUGGAUAUUGGAAGCAUUUCCUUUUGUGACAUUAGCAACGGAUCCCACAUCUUUACAUUCACCAAAUUUUCGGCUGCAGAGCCACUGCGCCCAUUUUUUGCUCCUUCACACCCAAUGACUGAUGGCCAAGGCUUCCUGAGGAUCUGCCCUGUGAUGAGUCUGGGCACUGCCUCUCCGCCAGUUUAUCCUGAGCAAGAGGAAUAAGACUCGGUGCACAACACAUUUAUAAAAAAUGACAUGCUCAUAGAUAAAAACUUUUGUGCUUGUUUCAUACCUGGUACAAAGUUAUAGCAGAAAAGUAUGGAACAUUCAUGAAUUGUGAACAUAAAUUAAGUAGCUAAA